UGCGCCAUGGCGGACGAAGAAGAACUCGAGGCGCUGAGGAGGCAGAGGCUGGCCGAGCUGCACGCCAAGCACGGAGAUCCUGAUGAUCCAGCCCAACAUCAAGCAAAACAAAGGGAAGCAGAAGUGAGAAACAGUAUCUUAGCCCAAGUUCUGGAUCAGUCGGCCCGGGCCAGGUUAACUAACUUAGCAUUUGUGAAGCCUGAAAAAAUGAAAGCAGUGGAGAACUAUCUUAUACAGAUGGCACAGUAUGGACUGCUAAGUGGGAUGGUGUCAGAACCAGGUUUAAUAGAAAUACUUGAAAAAGUUAGCCAACAGACAGAAAAGAAAACAACAGUGACGUUUAACAGAAGGAAAGUAAUGGACUCAGAUGAAGACGAUGAUUACUAACGGGACAGUUUAGACAGACCUACGGAGCAGUGUCUAGGACAGUUACCACCUGUAAAUGUUUACUUUGUUCCCUGUCUAUAUAUGCUUUUUGAAAAAAUAAACUUGUACCUCAAACUCAAAGAAAGAAAGAAAGAAGGAAUGAAAGAAAGGAAGGAAGCAAGAAAGAGUGAGCAGAGACUGCUAGACGGUGAGUUCACUUUGAGAUGUGCAAGCUGUGAGAUAUCGUAGGAUGCAGGAGGGAUAUACAAGGCUGACUUUAAAGAGACCUUCCUGGGGAGGAGCUAAAUCAGACAAAAAAGCACAUGACAAUGACCCGUGGAAGUACUAGACGUAAAGAAGCAAUGGAAGCCAGGCCCCAGCACACAGGAACCAGAAGGGCUUUGGGCCAAAGGAGGAACAUCUCUAGAAAUGGAAGGGGAAAAGCAAGGAGACAGAAGUGGAGAAAUGUGCACACACGGGAGAGACAUAAAGAAAGUUCCAGUUAACUCCUCUAUGAACCGUCCUUCCUGAGACAAGGGUGAGACAGACAUGCCCAAGAUAGAAGGAGAACAUAGGCAUAGGGGAAGCACCCUGACAACAGAAUCAACAGGAAAUCAGCAGAACAAUUGCCAUGCAGAACACCAGGACCAGCGAGCCAAGGGUGGUUCAUAAUGUCAUAAUGAAGUGUAUUGAUUUCUGUUCAUUUUCUCCAGCCAUGUACAGGAAGGAAGACAAAAAUGGGCACACACUUAGUCUUCAGAUUCACUAGUAGACAUUUCACAAUUAGGCAUUUCACUAGUAGAUUCAAGGAAGUGGGGAGUAGGAAGUGUGUGCAGGAAGGAGUUCAAAUCCUGGCAUCUUGAUGGUGAAGAGGAUGAAGAAAGGAAAGAAACACAGAUAGAAGUAAAAGAACUGAGAGAGUCUGGGGAUAAGGGCGGAUGACCUGAAGCUCAUGGAAUAUUUCAGAAGGCAUUGACUUUCUGGUGGGAAAAUGGUUGAGGUAGAAAUAAACUCUGUAACUAACAAACUUCAA